CACAUCUCAGGGCUCUUUCCUGUGCCUUCUCCAACUUAUCAGCACUCUCCCUGAACUGUGAGUGGCUGAACUACAAACAGCUUUCCUGUAGCUGCUGCUGUAGGGUAAUAUGUCCUAUAGAAUUAACAUGACCUGAGGACAUUACACUUCUCUGGACUGCACAUAGAUCUACACUCAGUAUCUAAGAAUCCCACUUUUGGGCAGGCCACCCAAAAACUGAUCUGACAAAGCUGUACAUCAGAGAUAAGAUGUUACAGCUACGUUGGACAACUACAUCAUGUACACAACCAACAUUUGAGAAUAUAAGGCCAAUGGCAACGUAAGGCCAAUGACAACCAACUCCGCCCCAGAAUGUGGUUUGAUCACCUGAGCAACAAUUGGCUGAACCCACUCUGAGGUCACAAUCUCACGAUCCGGGAACAGCAGGCUUCAAAAGAAACAAUCUUGUAACACAGGACUCAGCUUCCCAUGUGGUCAUGUAACACUGAAAGACAAAGCAGAGCAAGGGAUGAACUGAGCCUAUCCCUAAGCAGUGCAGUGGCAGCGGGUGACCAGGAGCCUCUGGGUGCUGGACAUCUCCAGGCUUCAUAUCUGUGGUGAGAGAGAAGUGCCAGGCUACUUCCAAGCAGUCUCAGCUCUCUCCUGAGAUGGUGGAUUAUUACAAAGUCCUUGAACUGCAAAAAAGUGCCUCCCAGGAUGAUAUCAGGAAAUCCUACCACAGACUGGCACUAAAAUGGCAUCCUGAUAAGAAUCUCACCAACAAGGAGGAAGCCGAAAAUAAAUUCAAAGCUGUCACUGAGGCAUACAAAAUUUUGUCUGACCCUCAGAAACGAUCACUCUACGACAGAUCUGUCAAGGAGAGCCAAUCCCAUAUAGGAAGAAGUGCCACGGGGGACCAUAACAACUUCUUUGAUAUCGCUUACAUAUUCCAAGACCCCGAAAAUAUCUUUAGGGAAGUCUUUGGAGGGAUGGAUCUCUUCAACAACAUCAGAAACAGUGGAAGAGGAAGCAGCUCCAGUUUGUUUUCUGGAUUGAUGCAGUCCUUUAUGCCAUUUACUUCAUUCGGUCACAAUGGGCAGACCAUCUUCUCCUUCGUUGAGGAAACAGCUGGGCCGUGCAGUUUCAGAUCAGUCUUAACCUCUACUGAAGUGAUCAAUGGCAAGAGGAUCACCACUCGGAAGAUCAUUGAAAAUGGGCAGGAGAAGAUAGAAAUUGAAGAAGACGGCCGGUUGAGGUCUGUGUCAAUAAAUGGAAAAGACCACCUGAAGCUCUAACGUCCCCCAGCACACACAUCAGAUGCAAGCUGUGGGACGUGCUCUCAUUGCUCAACGAAUGGAAUCUACUGUGAGCAGCGUUAAUAAAAGCUGAGUUCGUGGCACAACUGAUGCCAGCUUCUUAA